AUGCUUAUUCACACAGAAGAGAAGCCUCAUAUGUGCGAGGUAUGUAAGAAGUCAUUUAGAUUGAAUGAUGAUUUAAUCAGCCAUAUACUUAUUCAUACAGGAGAAAAACCUCAUUUGUGUGAUGUAUAUAACAUGUCAUUUAGACAAAGGGGAAUUUUAAACAGGCAUAUGCUUAUUCACACAGGAGAGAAACCUCAUGUUUGUGAGAUAUGUAAUAGGACAUUUAGUCAAAAAAGUGAUUUAAGCAAGCAUAGGCUUAUUCACACAGGAGAGAAGCCUUAUGUGUGUGAUGUAUGUAAAAGUUCAUUUAGACGAAAAGCUGCUUUAAACAAACAUGUGCUUACUCACACGAGGGAUAAACCUCUUUUGUGUAAGGUAUGUAACAAGUCAUUUAGACAAAAGGGUGCUCUAAACAAGCAUAUGUUUCUUCACACAGGAAGGAAAUUUCAUGUGUGUGAUGUAUGUAAUCAGUCAUUUAAACAAAAGGUUGCUUUAAAAAAACAUCUACUUAAUCAUGCAUAUCAGAAACCAUAUGUGUGUGAGAUGUGUAAUAAUUCAUUUAAAGAGAAGUGUAAAUUAAAGAAGCAUAUGCUUAUUCACACAGGAAAGAAGCCUCAUAUGUGUGAGGUAUGUAAGAAGUCAUUUAGAUUGAACAGUGAUUUACUCAGGCAUAUACUUAUUCAUACAGGAGAAAAACCUCAUUUAUGUGAGGUAUGUAACAGGUCAUUUAGACAAAAGGGUAUUUUAAACAAGCAUAUGCUUAUUCAUACAGGAGAGAAACCUCAUAUUUGUGAGAUAUGUAAUAGGACAUUUAGUCAAAAAAGUGAUUUAAGCAAGCAUAAGCUUAUUCACACAGGAGAGAAGCCUCAUGUGUGUAAGGUAUGUAAAAGUUCAUUUAGACGAAAAGAUGCUUUAAACAAACAUGUGCUUACUCACACAAGAGAAAAACCUCAUUUGUGUGAGGUAUGUAACAAGUCAUUUAGACAAAAGGGUGCUUUAAACAAUCAUAUGUAUAUUAUUCACACAGGAGAGAAACCUCAUAUUUGUGAGAUAUGUAACAGGGCAUUUAGUCAAAAGAGUGAUUUAAAGAAACAUAUGCUUAUUCACACUGGAGAGAAACCUCAUGUGUGUGAGUUAUGUAGCAAGUCGUUUAGACGAAAGCAUGCUUUAAACAAACAUAUGCUUACUCACACAAGUGAAAAACCAUAUGUAUGUCAAGUAUGUAACCAUUCAUUUGGACAAAAAGCUGGUUUAAACAAACAUAUGCUUAUUCACCUAGGAGAGGAGCCCUAG